AUGGACGACGUCCUUACUCGCCUCAGAUCUAGUCUUAAACUAACAGAUGACGAGGAGAUUGAAAGUAAGCCCCCUAUGGAAGCUUGGGCAAAUAUGGAGCUUAAUACAGAUCUCAUAUUGAUUGGGCGCAUUUUGACACGAAAAGAGAUUAAUCGAGAGGCUUUGGAGCGAACUAUGUCAAAGGUGUGGAGUCCAGUCCAUGGAAUCCAGGUGGAUAAAAUCGGAGAUGGGCGGUUUAUUUUCAUUUUUAAGCAUGAGAUGGAUCGGCGAAGGGCUAUGGAAGAGGGACCUUGGUGCUUUGAUAAAAACCUGAUUGUGCUGCAAAAAAUUGAAGCGGAGGAGAACCCCAAACGAGUUAGUCUGGAUUGGUGUGAUUUUUAUGUUCAUGUAUUAGGUUUACCUUUCUCCAAGAGAAACAGAGCUAUGGCAAACCAUAUUGGUGACAUGAUAGGAAUAUCUAAAGUAGGUACAUGCAAUGACGACGUGAGAGUGUUCGGAGAUGUGCUUCGACUUAGGGCUGCUGUUAACGUUAACAAGCCUUUGCGGCGAAUAGCGCGAUUGAGGAACGAAAAAGGGGAACUUGUGGUAGUCAACCUCCAAUAUGAACGACUUCCGAAUUUCUGUUAUUUCUGUGGAUUAAUGGAUCAUAUAUCUGGGGGAUGUUCUAAGCAAUAUUCCCUUUCUGUUGAGGAACGAAAUGGAGAUAACCCAUAUGGAGAAUGGUUGAAAGCGACAGCCCCAUCGAAAGCUACUAUUGGUCUACUUCAUAGCUUUCAUUCUGGAGGCGAUGUUCAAUCUCCGGGGGGAGGAUCAUCGGGUGAAGGCCAGAAUCUCGCGUCACCGUCAACGGCAAGCCUGGGGAAGGAAGUUGACUUGGGCGUUCAUGGUAAGGGCAAAUCGGUAUUUUCCCAAAAUCAAGGAUCCCUUCAAAUCCGGGAAAACGGAGAUUUUGAUAUUAAUGACAUUAAUAAGAGCAUAAUUCCGUUUGGCGGAGUUAAUGCACGAGAUUGGGAUAAUCCUAAUACAUCCAUGCACCAAUCUUGGUCCCAUCUUACUAACGUAAGAAUAUCUCCACCAAAUCAGGAGAUUAAUGUGGGUAAUUUUUUCUCUUCCAAUUCCACGGGCCUAAUGGACGGCUCAAUGGGCCCUUUCCAGCUUAAUGGACCUUUGUUUAGUCAAUUUAAUCAUGGCACAAAAAUUACAAGUGGUAUUAGCAUUAAACCAAAGGCUAGUAGGGGUCGGCCUCGUACUACAAAGGUGGAAAUUUCAGACUCAACUGUAAUGGAUAAAAACACAGUGAAACGAAAACGUGGGGAUUCCAAAACUUCUCCAAAGCGUAUUCUGAUCAAAGGAAAGAAGAAAACUUCAGUUCCAAUGGAAGUGGAUAGUUUGGAAGAGGAGAGACCGAAGAAACAACUGGUGAUUCGGGAUUCAAAUUCGACGGAGAAAUUUUCAUUAACGGCGGAGGCUGAGGCUAAUGGAAAGUCGGGGGGUUUGGCCCUUCUUUGGCAAAAGGAUUUACUUGUUUCUCUAAACAACUUCUCUGUUAACCACAUUGAUGCGUUUAUUUUUGAUAAUAAUCUGAAUGAUACUUGGCGAUUCACAGGUUUCUAUGGUAACCCGAAUGAGACUUUGAGACACCAGUCGUGGAAUCUAUUGAGGAAAUUAUCGGAAUUAUCAAACAAAGCUUGGUUAUGUGCGGGUGACUUUAAUGCGAUGCUAUCGAAUUCUGAAAAAAGUGGACGGUAUUUGGCAUCCUUUAAAGACAUUCAGGAAUUCAGUGACUGUUUGAGGGAUACGAGACUCAAUGACUUGGGUUUUGUUGGGUACCCUUUUACAUGGAGUAAUAACAGGAAAGCUCCACAUACCACGAGAGAACGUUUGGAUAGAGCGUGCGGCAAUAAUGAGUGGAUGGAGUUAUUUCCAAAUUACCGUGUCCGACAUUUGGAUGCGUUGUACUCAGACCACAUUCCACUACUAAUCGAGUGGAGGAGUGCUAUUAUUGCUCAGCAGGGGGGACGAAACAGAGGCUUUAAGUUUGAAGCGAUGUGGUUGAAAUCCGAAGAGUGUGAACAAAUUAUUAGAGAAAAUUGGCAUGCUAAUGUAUCCCAACAAACUUCACUUGACCAGUGGAGUAAUUUAGAACAUUGCAAAUUGGGGUUAUUGAGGUGGAGCAGAGUCUCUUUUGGAUGCGUGCGAGAUAGAAUCCGUAAACUCAAGGAAAAAAUUGUGAAGUUAAAAAAAAGAGUUUUAACAGCAGAGACCAAAUCUGAAAUACAUGAUUUGUCGCGUGAGUUGGAUGAGCUUCUCGACAAAGAAGAGGUUAUGUGGAGGCAACGAGCCAAGGCGCAUUGGAUGCGAGAAGGUGACAAAAACACAAAGUUCUUCCACGCCAAAGCAUCGUCUAGAAGAAGAAAGAAUACCAUUGCGGGUUUAUGUAACUCAGAAGGUGUGUGGUGCGAGAGAGAAGCAGAUAUUGAAAAAAUUGUGUCCGAUUAUUUUAGUGACAUAUUUACAUCCAAAGAUCAACCAACAUCUGUAAUGGAGGAGGUUCUGGAUGCAAUAGAGCCCAGGGUUAGCGACACGUUAAAUCGAAUUUUACUUGAGGAGUAUACAGUGGAUGAGGUUAAAAAAGCGCUCGAUGGUAUGCAACCCCUAAAAUCCCCAGGUCCCGAUGGAUUUCCCGUGGUCUUCUUCCAACGAUUUUGGAGUGUGGUGGGCAGUGAUGUAUCAAAAUGGGUAUUAGCACUUCUCAAUCGUAGAGAGCUUCCUAGAGCUGGUAAUUACACCCAUAUUGUACUUAUUCCAAAAUGUGAUAAUCCAAGAAAUAUGACUCAGUUUAGACCGAUCAGCCUUAGUAACGUGGUGUAUAAAAUUGCUUCCAAAGCGAUUGUGAACCGCCUUAAACCGCACAUGAAUUCCAUUAUUUCGGAUUCUCAAUCUGCUUUUGUCCCUUCACGGUUGAUCUCGGACAAUAUUCUCAUUGCUUACGAAGUUGUCCACUACAUGAAGCGGAGUACGGCGGAGCAUAUGGCCAUUAAAUUGGAUAUGAGUAAAGCUUAUGACCGUAUUGAAUGGUCGUUUUUGCGUGGGGUGAUGUCCAGGUUGGGCUUUCACAGCAAUUUUAUUGAUCUCGUGAUGCUAUGUGUGUCAACAGUUACAUACUCUUUUGUUCUUAAUGGGCGCUCUUUUGGUUUUCUUGCGCCGGAGAGGGGUUUACGUCAAGGCGAUCCUAUAUCUCCUUACCUAUUUCUAUUUUGUGCGGAGGCUCUGAGUGCCUUGAUUAAACAAGAAGAGCGUUGUGGCAAUAUAGCAGGCUUGGCAGUAUGCAAGGAAGCUCCGUCGAUAUCACAUUUGCUUUUUGCCGACGACACGAUAAUUUUUUGUAAUGCUAAUGUUUACUCAGCUGCAUGUGUAAAGAAAAUUUUACGAGUCUAUGAAGAAGCUUCGGGGCAGAUGGUGAAUUAUCAGAAGUCCAGUAUCGUGUUUAGCAAAACGACUACUGAAGAAAACAUUAAUUUAAUCUGUUCUGAACUUCCUAUGGAGGUGGUCGACAAUCACGACAGAUACUUGGGGCUUCCUUCUACUUUGGGUAAAUCAAAACGAGAAGCUUUUGCAAAUCUUCGUGAUAGGGUCUGUCGACGACUUCGAGGGUGGAAAGAAAAAUGGCUCUCAAGAGGCGGUAAAGAAAUCCUUAUUAAGGCGGUGAUUCAGGCAAUUCCAACUUAUGCUAUGAGCUGCUUUCGUCUACCUCGAUAUUUUAUUGAAGAGAUGGAAAAACAUAUGGCUAAGUUUUGGUGGGAGAAUACAAAGGGCAAAGGAAUUCAUUGGGCUAAAUGGCAAGAUAUGUGUUCCAGCAAGGAUUUCGGGGGCCUGGGGUUCCGAGAUUUAAAUGCUUUCAACACAGCCCUACUCGCUAAACAAGUGUGGCGUCUAAUGGUCUCUCCUCACAGCUUGUUGGGUCGAAUCUAUAAGGCGAGGUAUUAUCCAUUAUCUAAUAUUCUUGAUUCAUCUCUUGGAUCAAAUCCGUCGUACACGUGGAGGAGUAUUUGUGGUGCUAUAGACUUGCUGAAAAAAGGCACUCGUUGGAGAAUCGGGAAUGGAGAUAAAGUGCAGAUUUGGGGUGAUAGAUGGCUUCCGAGGGGCAGUACUUUCAAACCUUUCACUCCACGGGGUCAGUGGCCAAGUGAUAUGAAGGUUAGUAGCCUAAUUGAUAGUGUCACCGGGCAGUGGGACCCGCAUAUACUAUCUCAAAUCUUUGUCGAAGAAGAUAUUAAUUGUAUUUUGUCCAUUCCGCUUGGAAGCUCCAUCAACGAGGAUAAACUUAUGUGGCAUUAUAAUCGAAACGGAUUGUUUUCCGUUCGUAGUGCCUAUUAUAUUGCUGUUCAGAUGGAGAAAGAAAAAGAUGGAUCGAACUCAGCUUCAAGCUCUUCGUCGACUUUAUCGGGUUCUUGGAAAUGGCUAUGGACUUUGAAACUUCCCAGCGAUGAGGAUGUGUUGCAUUGCCUAGCUCUUUGCACCUUCGCUAGACAAGUUUGGGCAUUGAGUGGGGUACCGUAUUUGAUCCAUUGGCCGAAGGAUAAAUCGGUUAUUGAAUGGGUUUUAUGGAUGAAACAACAUCAAGAUAGUGCACAAUUUGAGUAUUGUGUGGUUAUAUGUUGGGCAAUUUGGAACGCUAGAAAUAAGAAACUUUUCGAGGACAUGGAUAAAUCGGCUAUGGAUAUUAUUUUGUUUGCGAAAAAAUUUACAUCGGAUAUGCGUGGCCUGUCUUCGGUAGUUCUUAGUCCACGUCCACUUUACUCUAGUAAAAGAUCAACUAUUCGGUGGGAGGCACCUCCUAGGGGUGUCGUGAAAAUCAAUUUUGAUGCUUCUCUGUGCUCUAUUGAUAAUGGAUGUGGUUUGGGUGGUUUGGCCAGAGAUUUUGAUGGAAGAUGUGUUGGAUGGUACUCUAUUAGUUGUAAACAAUAUUUUGAUCCAGUCACAGCUGAGGCAAUGGCAGCUUUGAAAGCCUUGGAGUUUGCUCGCGAUCAUGAUUUUCGUCGAGUUGCAUUGGAGGGUGAUUCAAGUGUUAUUGUAGCAGCAAUUCGUGGUGAAGACGAUUCAUACACAAGCUAUGGAAAUCUGAUCAACGACAUUAAACGGCUAGCUACUACUUUUGAAGAGUUUCAUAUUUACCAUAUUUUGAGGGAAGGGAAUUCAGCAGCUCAUGAAAUUGCUAAACUAUCUGCUUGGGGUCCUUGUAACUUUAGUGCUCUUCCAGAUUUCAUUAAGGAUAUUGUAUCCUCUGAAUUUUCAAGUUAA